AUGAAAUGCAGACAUGAAAACCACACAUCCGUUUUAGCGUUCUCAGAUGUGAUUAGAUAUACUUUAUCAUGUUUUUAUGCUACUGACCUAGAAGGAAAACAAUAUUAAGAAAGGGUAACAGUUAAACAGCUAGGACCUGCAGCUCAGUACUUCUGGGAUGAACUGGAAUAUCACAAGGAGAGACUUUAUUACGGCACAUUCACGCCCCAGCUGAGCCCUCAGCCUAGACUCAUACCCGUUUCCUUUACCGGCACUUGUCAGCAGACGCUCUAUCUUCCAGAAUGGCGGACAGUCUCCCCACAGAGUUCGACGUGGUCAUAAUAGGAACAGGUCUGCCUGAGUCCAUCCUCGCAGCUGCGUGUUCAAGAUGUGGUCAGAGGGUUCUGCAUCUUGAUUCAAGAAGCUACUAUGGAGGAAACUGGGCCAGUUUCAACUUCUCGGGAUUGCUCUCCUGGUUGAAGGAGUGUCAGGAAAACGGUGAUGUUGCGGAAGAAAGUCCCGCCUCAUGGCAAGGCCUGAUUCAUGAAACAGAAGAAGCCAUCACUCUGCGCAGGAAGGAUGAAACCAUUCAACACACAGAAGUGUUUUGUUAUGCCAGUCAGGAAAUGGAUGACAAAAUCGAAGAGACCGCUGCUCUCCAGAAAAACCCUUCCUCAUUGAUGUCGAAUACCCUCACUAAGCCUCUGGAUUCCGCACAUUUGUCUGAAGAAACACACUCAUUAUCUGAUACUAGUGACGAAAUUCCUGCCAAAGACACUCCGAAAAGUGAUGGAGAGAUUUCACUAGAAGUAAGCAAUGUCGAGGACACCUUGGCAAAAGAAAAGUGUUGUGGAGAUGAAACUUGUAUACACAAAGCUUCAGACGCAGAUACAGAAGAAAAUAAACCUAUAGCGGAAGUCAGCAGUGAUCAACCAAAGAGAAAUAGGAUUACUUACUCUCAAAUAGUUAAAGAAAGCAGGAGGUUUAAUAUUGAUUUGGUAUCAAAGCUCCUGUAUUCUCAAGGAUUGCUGAUUGAUCUUUUAAUCAAAUCAAGUGUUAGUCGUUAUGCAGAGUUUAAAAACGUCACUAGGAUUCUUGCAUUUCGAGAAGGAAAAGUAGAGCAGGUGCCUUGUUCCAGAGCAGAUGUCUUCAAUAGCAGACAACUCACUAUGGUUGAAAAGAGGAUACUGAUGAAAUUUCUUACAUUUUGUUUAGACUAUGAACAGCACCCUGACCAAUACCAAGCUUUCAUGCAUUGCUCAUUUUCAGAAUUCUUAAAAACUAAAAAAUUAACUCCCAACCUCCAGCAUUUUGUACUGCACUCAAUUGCAAUGACAGAGUCAUCUUGCAGUACAAUAGAUGGCCUUAAAACAACGAAAAACUUCCUUCGGUGUCUUGGACGGUUUGGCAAUACUCCCUUUUUAUUUACCUUAUAUGGCCAAGGAGAAAUUCCCCAGUGUUUCUGCAGGAUGUGUGCAGUUUUUGGUGGAAUCUAUUGUCUUCGCCAUAAAGUUCAAUGCCUUGUAGUUGACAAAGAAUCUGGAAGCUGUAAAGCAAUUAUAGACCACUUAGGUCAAAGAAUAAAUGCUAAAUAUUUUAUUGUGGAAGAUAGUUACCUUUCUCAGAAAACAUGCUCAAAUGUACAGUAUAAGCAGAUCUCCAGGGCAGUGCUCAUUACCGAUCAGUCUAUACUAAAGGCAGAUUCAGAUCAGCAGAUUUCCGUUUUGAUAGUGCCCCCAGCGGAAUCAGGAACAUAUGCCGUUCGUGUCACUGAAUUAUGUUCCUCAACCAUGACGUGCAUGAAAGACACCUAUUUGGUACAUCUGACCUGUUCAUCCUCUAAAACAGCAAGAGAAGACUUAGAGCCGGUGGUGAAGAAAUUAUUCACCCCAUAUACUGAAGCAGCAAUAGAUGAGGAGGAACUUACAAAGCCAAGACUCUUGUGGGCUCUCUAUUUUAAUAUGAGAGAUUCCUCCGGAGUCAGCAGAAGCUCAUAUCAUGGCUUACCUUCUAAUGUUUACGUCUGCUCUGGGCCUGACUGUGGACUGGGAAAUGAGCAUGCAGUCAAGCAAGCUGAAACACUGUUCCAGGAGAUCUUUCCCAGUGAAGAAUUCUGUCCCCCACCUCCAAAUCCAGAAGACAUUAUCUUUGAUGGUGAUGAUAAACAACCAGAGGCUCCUGGAACCAAUAACAUAAUCGUGGCCAAACUAGACUCCUCUGAUGGAAGCAACAACCUAGAAAGCGUAGGGAAGCACCUUGAAGAAGACUAGGAGGAAGCAAACUGGAGAUGCUACUUUGGGCCUUCAUCCUGGUUUAGAGUAUUUUCAUUUAAAGGACAGUUUCCUAUAUGAAUAAUUAGAACUGGUUAUAUGAUGGAUGCUAUGCAGAUGUUGUCUUUAAUUCUGUUUGAGACAUUCAGUCAUUGGGUGUCUUUGUUAACCUAUCAGUAACUGAUUGAUUGACUGUUGGACAAUUUAGCUUUAUUUUAGUAUUGGGUGUAUAAGUGAGGGUUCCAUAUUAGCAACUAUGCUUAAAGGCAGGUAAUAUGUAUCUACUAAUGAUCUUCAGAUUGUAUUCAUCUAUAAUAAUAAUAUCUAAGGAAUAUUUUAAUUACUUUUGCAGUUAUUACAGUUGCUAUCACCUCUGAAUAGUUAUACAGUAAAUUAUAUGGGUCUUUUGUAUAUAAUAUCAAUGUACAGACAUGACGGUAGCAAUAGCAACUUAACGCAAGUGCCAUUUGUUAAAAGAUUAGCUUUGCAUGAUCCUUUAUUUGUCAAGGUCUGGUGUUUACAAUACACUUUGCAGUUCAGUUUCCCCGUUUGACCCUUGUUAACUUAUGAGGCAGGGACACCACCACAAUCAGAAGAUUACAGAAAGUGCUGGAGAGUUCAUAUAGUCAUUGAAGAGUUCAUUCUUGGGACGUUUGUCCCAGAGGAAAUCUAGAGGAUAAGGUUAGUUCUGAUUUAAUGCUUCAGAAAUAGUUCUGAUUUAAUACUUUGGAAAAAUUGCUACAGAGCCCUGUGCUGGCACCUAAGAGAAAAGAAUUUCCAGCAAUAAACUCAGGCCAAAAGGAAAAAAAUAUCUUGCCCCAGGAAAAGGUACUUCAGAUUGGCUGUUAUGAAAUUCCUAAGAAGAAAUGGAGUGAGGCAUUUCUAACCUGGGAUUACAGAUGGUUUCUCAAAACCAUCCAUAGCUUUCUAAGGAACAGAGACAUUUUUUCUAGAACCAUCAGAAGCCAAAACUGUGGUACUCCAGAUGUAAAACCUAUGGAGUUGUGAGAAGAGGUAAACUGCCUUCCCCUUCAGUCUCCUGUUUCCGUUCCUCAAAGUGAUAAUUCUGUAGGAAGCGAGCCCUUCAAAGGCAAUUUUUGUUCUGGAAUGGAACAUUUCUAUGUGCUAGGCACUUCCUGUGCUCUCUGAUGACAGUUUCUCAACAACCUUGUGAGGCUGAUAUUGAAUAGAUUUUUAAAGAAGGAAGACAAUUAUUAAUAAUUUGCCCAGAGUCUGAGAUGUGGAAGAGCCAACCGUGGACUCCAGCCUGUCUUGACUUCAGUCUUUCUUCUGACAUUCACUGUUAGAAGCGUGCCUUUCCUGCCGCAGGGGAGACGUGCUCGUGGAAGUCAUGCAGCCUUGUUCCAGACUCCGGUCUCAGCUUAUUCUCAGAUCAGGGGAACGUGAAGAUUAGGAUUCAUUAAAAAUAUGGCUUAGAGCAAUGGAGUUCAUGGCAGCGGAAUUUGGCCAAGUUUUGACAAAGUAAUGCUUUGUCAAAUCAGAUCUUCUGAUCUGAACAACAUGCAUUUCUUAUAAGAAAUGCAGAUGUUACUAGGCUAAAAGGUGAGGAAAAUGAGACAAAGAUUUAAGAAAUUUACAGCUUGCUGAAAACAGAAUUGGUAUUAAUCUUUAUGCGUAUUUUGAAUGUGGUGGAGUGGUUUUACUGGGUCUGUCCUUAGGUGUAGACCUAUCAAAAUGAUUUCACCGUCUAUAGAACAAUACCUUGCCAAAUUAUUGUGAGGAUUAAGUUAGGUAAUGUGUAUGAAAUCCUAUCCAAAGGAGUGCCCCUAGCUGACAUUAGUAAUGUAGAUUUACUACCCUUCCACUCAGCUUUCUAACUGAUGCUUUGUAUAAUUUGACAGAAUUGUGUAAAGUAGGAAAAUAGGCAAGGAAAGAUAGAUUUGUCUUUUUAACUUGGGGAAAAAAAGUGAGAGUCUUGCCCCUGAACUUCCUACUCAGCCUCAUAGUAUAUUUAGAAAAGUUACUUUAGGAUUUAAAGAUGAGUAAACCAAUUGGAAAACAAAUAAUUGUGGAAUAAUUACUGGUGGAGAGACUAACUGGAUGUUAGUAUGAAAAAAGAAUUGGGCCCACUUGACAUGUGAUAAGACCAUUCAUUCCAGAUGAAUGAAAAUGUUGAUUAUAAGGGUAUAAAUAAAAAGACUACAAUUCUCAUUCCAGUAGUACAAAAGGAACUUUAUGGCAAUGAAAAAGACUAUUGGCAAAGUAGGUGAAAUCAACUAAAGAAAAAUUUAAAAAUGGAAACUAAAUAGGAGGAAAACGAAGAUAAGAUUGGAUUCAAAAAAAGCCACUAGCAUUACACAUGAAUAAAGUACUUAAUGUUUUUUAAAAAGUAGAUACAGAUCCAUAAGGCUUUCUACUCUUUACUAAGCAAAUUAAUGAAAGGAUAGAGUAUAAAUGAGAAGCUACAAAUAAAAGUGAAUUCUUGGAAUGAUACUCAGAUUUAAGUGUAUUAAAAAUGCAAAUUGAAGCAACUUUGACCUGGUUUAUGCUAUUACAGCAAAACAUUUUAAAAUUCACGUGUCUUUAUGUCAGUAGCAUUAUUAGUAAUUUUAAAAAGAACUAUUUAAGUGAUUACAACAAAAGCUCUGUAACCAAUUCUUUUUUGCUAGAUCAACUCAGUUUGAACAGCAUAUGCCUAGGAAAAUAUUUAAAAGAAAGAAAAAGAAGCUACUUAUACAAAGAUAGUUCUAGCAUUCUCAUUUAUACGGGUUUUUAAAAAAAAGGAAAAAAAAGCCCCCAAAUUGG